AUGAGGUCGACAUGUGGGCUUUGUUCAUCGCAGGGUUUCUUCUAUGUGGCCGCUGUAACUGGCUGUAUCUUUGUCAUUUUGAACAUGAGUUUUACUGAGCCGCCUCCUCUGGAUUCUGGUGUUGAUUUAACAGCAAGCAGGGCAAGUAAGUUUGGGCCAACGUAUGUAGUGGAACCUAAAGGCAAGCACCAGGCGACUAUUGUCUGGCUGCAUGGGCUUGGUGAUGAUGGCUCAAGCUGGUUGCAGCACUUGGAGCCUCUUCCUCUUCCAAAUAUCAAAUGGAUAUUCCCUACUUCUCCUGCUCGGCCGUUUACUCUAUUUGGCGGACUUCCAACAACUACAUGGUUUGAUGUCGUGGAAAUGUCUGAAGAUGCAACUCAAGAUGUAGAAGGAAUGGAUGCUUCUGCAGCAUAUGUUUUGAGCUUGCUCUCCAUUGAGCCUCAAGAAAUCAAACUUGGUGUAGGAGGCUUUAGCAUGGGUGCAGCAACUGCAAUAUACUCUGCAAGUUGCUUUGUCCGUGGAAAAUUGGAAAACCACACUGGAUCUCCUACCCAUUUGGAUGCAGUUGUUGGUCUUAGCGGUUGGCUUCCGUGUGCAAAUGAUCUAAGUAACGAGGUUGAAGGCAAUGAAGUUGAAGGUCGUGCUGCCUUGCCCAUUUUGCUCUGUCAUGGCAGAGGAGAUGAUGUGGUUAAUUUUCGAUAUGGAGAGAGAUCGGCAGAGAAACUAACUUUAGCUGGCUUCGAAGACUUGACGUUCAAGUCCUUCAACUCGCUUGGUCAUAAUGUAAUACCAGAAGAAAUGAAUGAGGUUUCCAUAUGGCUAACUUCAAAACUAGAGCUCGAGGGGUGAGUUCUAUAUCUGGCCCGUUGAUGAAGAGCCAACACGGUUGAAAACGAAUGAAUAAAUAAAUGGAUAUAUAUAUAUAUAGGGGGUUGCAUCAACCAAACAAUCUACCUAUAUUCCACUGGUGUAAAAUGGUUUGUUUAGAGUUACAUGGUACUGAACCAUGAGUCGUGUUAUUGUAUGUUACU